UGCUCCAUGGUUACCAACGCAAUGACGCUUUUCCGUAUCCAAGACAUCUCCAGCGCUGAAGAGGCGAGCUAGCUGAUGUAAUAUUUUCAGAUAUCACCGUCAAUAAACAUAGACAGUUAAAAGCGUUGUGUAACUAUUCGUUUGUCUAGCCAGUUAACAUAACAAAUAGCAGUAAAAGAUUUGGGUGUUUGGCGUCAACAAUGGCUGAGUUUGGUUUCAAUGAGCACCAUCAGAAUGAGGCCAUCAACUACAUGCGCUUUGCACGCUCCAAGAGGAUCAUCAGACUCAAGACCAUUGACUCCUGCUUCGAGGACCUUAAAGACAGCAGGCUAGUGGAGGAGACAUUCACAGUGGACGAGGUGCGGGACAUGCUGGACGGGCUGCAGCUGGUUGUGCGAGGGGAGGUGGAGACAGAGCUCAUCAACACGGCCCACACCAACGUGCUGCUGCUUCGGCAGCUCUUCUCCCAGGCUGAAAAGUUCUACCUCCGUCUGCAGACUGACAUAUCGGAGCUGGAGAACAGAGAGUUGUUAGAGCAAGUGGCUGAGUUUGAGAAUACUGAGUUUAAAAACCCAAAUAAGACUAACCAAGAAAUUAGCAAGCCCAAGUUAGCACCGCUGAAUGAAGGUGGGGUAUCUGAACUUCUCAACAAGGAGAUAUCAAGGCUACAAGAGGAAAAUAAUAAGCUCAAAGGCAGGCUCCGGACUUUGGAAACCCAGGCCAUGGGUGCGUUGGAUGAGAAGACCAGGGCGGAGAGAGCUCUCAAAGACUUGCAGAAGGUCAAGGGGGAACAGCAAAUGGCCACCCGUUCUCAGGAGAUCACUAGUCUGGAGGACACGGUGGCAGCACUGCAGGAAGACUACCAGAAGUCCCUGAGUGUCAACGCUGCCUCCCAAAGAGACCUGCAGGACAACCUGGUGUCUGCCAAACAUGACCUGCUCAGGGUACAGGAACAACUGUCCCUGGCAGAGAAGGAGCUGGACCGGAAGUUCCAACAGACUUCUGCCUACCGCAACAUGAAGGAGAUCCUCACCAAGAAAAAUGAGCAGAUCAAGGACAUCAGGAAACGGCUUUCAAAAUACGAGUCUGAUGAAUGAACCCUUUGCAUCACACAACAAGACACAAAAUGGAGGUUAAAAUAUACGACAAGAGGGUAGAAAUGGCC